UGCUUCAGGAUGAAGCUGAACAUCUCUUUCCCAGCCACAGGCUGUCAGAAACUCAUUGAAGUGGAUGAUGAAUGCAAACUUCAUACUUUUUAUGAGAAGUGUAUGGCCACGGAAGUUGCUGUUGAUGCUCUGGGUGAAAAGUGGAAGGGUUAUGUAGUUCAAAUCAAUGGUGGGAAUGACCAACAAGGUUUCCCCAUGGAGCAGGGUUUCUUUACCCAUGGUCAUGCCCACCUGCUGCUGAACAAGGGGCAUUCCUGUUACAGACCAAGGAGGACUGGAGAGCAAAAGCAAAAAUCAGUUCAGGGUUGCAUUGUGGAUGCCAAAUCUCAGUGUUCUCAACUUGGUUAUUGUAAAUAAAAAGGGGAGAAAGAUAUUCCUGGUCUCACUGAUAGUACUAUGCCUGGUCACCUGGGGCCCAAAAGAGCUAACAGAAUCCACAAACUUUUCAACCUCUCUAAAAAAGAUGAGGUCCACCAAUAUGUUGUGAGGAAACCCCUAAACAAGGAAGGUAAGAAAACUAGAACCAAAGCACCUAAGAUUCAGUGUCUUUUUACUCCACGUGUCCUGCAACACAAACAUCGGUGUAUUGCUCUGAAGAAGCAACAUACUAACAAAAAUAAGGAAGAGGCCGCUGAGCAUGCUAAACUUUUGGCUAAGAGGGAGAAGGAUGCCAAAGAAAAAUGCCAGGAACAAAUUGCCAAGAGAUGUAGGCUGUCCUCUCUGAGAGCUUCUAUCUCUAAGUCUGAGUCCAGCCAUAAAUGAGGUCUUCUAAGAGUAACAAAUAAGGGUAAACAU